AAGUUUGAUUUGUUUUGACGUUUUGUUGUUGUUAUGUUAUGCAUGCAUAUGCAUGUGCUUAUGCAUGUUGUUAUGAUUAAAUGUUGUUCUGUUACAAAUGGAUUUACAAUGUCUAAAUACUAUCGACUGCAAUCAAGGAGCUGUUAGAGCGGUCAGAUUUAACGUUGAUGGAUCCUACUGUUUGACUUGCGGAUCAGAUAAAAAAUUAAAGCUUUGGAAUCCCUACAGAGGCUUGAUACUUAAAACUUAUGGUGGUCAUGGAAACGAAGUUCUUGAUGCAUGUGGUUCCUGUGAUAGCAGUCAGAUAGUGUCAUGCUCUUCAGAUAAAUCUAAUAUAUUGUGGGAUGUCUCUACAGGACAACCCAUUAGAAGGUUAAGAGGCCAUGCAGCUACAGUCACUUGUGUCAAAUUUAAUGAAGAAUCAACAAUAGUUGUGUCUGGCAGUUUGGAUAAUACAGUAAUGUUCUGGGAUGUAAAAUCUAGAUCCCAAGAUCCUGUACAAGUUCUGAGAGAUGCGAAAGACUGUGUAACAUCUAUUCAAGUUACAGAUCACGAAAUAUUAGCUGGUUCUGUAGAUUGUUCUUUUAGGAGAUAUGAUUUAAGAAAUGGAAGGUUGGAUGCCGAUUUUGUUGGAGCACCUGUUGUAUCAGUCAGUUUUACCCAUGACGGACAAUGCAUCUUAGCUGGAUCUGCCGAUAACACAGUACGAUUGUUUGAUAAAAACUCAGGAGAAAUGCUGGGAAAGUACACGGGUCACCGAACAGACGACGUGAAUAUCGAAAGCGCCGUGAUCACUAACGACAACUUCAUUCUGUCUGGAUCAGUCACUGGAGAACUGUGGUGUUGGGAUCUAGUAAGCGCAGAGGUAGUGAAAAAGUUUGUUCAUACCCGCGGUAGAGUGCUUAACUCGAUAAGCAUUCAUCCACGGAAAGACGUUGUGUUAACUGCUUCAGUAGGUUCAAUCAAAGUGUGGGGAGAACCGGAAGUGACUAUAACUGAGGAUUAGUGGAAUGUGUUACUUACAGAGAUUGUGUUACAGAGAUAGUGUCUGAAGAUGCUAUCAUUGUGAACAUUUUUAACUAAUUAAGUAUGCGGGUUGGCUUUGUAGAAUGCGGGGUCGGCUUUGUAUAAGGGAACUAUUAUUGUUGGAACUUUACCGCGCUGAGCAGAUGGGACGUGAAUUAUAAAUUGUAAAAUUCUCUCAUCUUUUUUAGUCUCAGCAAGCCUCGGAGGUGUAACCAGAGAAUGUUCGCAUUGUUUUCAAUCUGGUGGGAUGUAGAGUAAUAUUUUUAAUGUUAUUUUAUGUGCUAUUAGAUUGAAAACUUAGUCUUUUAUCUCUCACAAUCUUUACAUAUUCAUCGGGGACUCCUUUCUUAUUUAGUGCCAUAUGAGCGUUUGUUUCUUUAUUUCUGUAUUUUUCCAUCAACUGCUUUCUAAUGAAAAUUGCAUCUGUGGUUGAUCUGCCCUGCAUAAAGCCAAAUUGAUUAUCGGAUAUUUCGGCUUUUCCACUUAUCCGUCCUUCCUUCCAUGAAGGAAAUGAGUCUCUCUUCUUUUAAUAAUAAAUUAUUUCGUUCACUUAGCCGUGAAUUAGUGCACUUAACGCACACCUAGCAGCUGAAUCCAAUAACUUCAGAAGGCUCUAGCUUCAGACCUAGAUCCCAUGGAUCAGUUUUUCAGACCUAGGCUCCACGGACUAUUUUAAUCUACACACUUAGAACUAUGAUUGACCGAACUUUCGUUUUUGACCGGGGCUACUUUUCCGAGUGUUGCGGGGUCCUUUCUCACCUUUAAUACCAUCUUUGAGUUAUAAGCUUUGAUAGAUCAGUCGUCAUUGACCCCGUUUGUUAUUCUAUAUGUGGUUUAAUGACGGAGGAGUUGUGUGUUACUGGUGGAGAAACAGACAUGGGUAAUUCAAGCUUUUCAUAUCGUCCCUGUCAUUUCCGAUUAUCGAAUGUGAAAAGUGGUACUUUUCAGGAGAGCAAAAUAACUCGUUUUUAGAGACUCCUAAAUCAGCGCAUUGACAAAUAAGAAAAUUUUUAUAUUUUUUGUAUGUAAUGUUUAAUCCUUGUUAGAUUGAUACCAAAUUUGAACUGCUUAUCAUUUUUUUCUUUCCAAAAAAUCACAUUCGUUACUUUGCUUUUUGUAUUAAUCAAAGAUUUGUUUCGGUCCGAUGAUUCAAAGUAGCGAAUGUAUAAUAGCGAAUAACUGUAUAAUCGAAUAAUGAAAAUCCGUUAAAAUUAAAUCAUAAACUGCCUCACAAGAAUUUCUUGGAAGCGAUACUGAAACAAAAUUCGCCCUAAUUGUAAACACGUGCAUUUUAUUCUUCUCAGGAGUUUAACAUUUUCGACAGUUUACAGAUUAUAAUUAAAUAACUGUUGAAUAAAUUACAACACAAACUAACGAAUGUGACAUAUUCGACAUUUAGCGUUGUACAAAUAUACCUUUAGUUAUAUUUAUACAAAACAAAUGUAUCGAAUAUAACCAUUUUCGUCAGUUGAACCAAAUGAAUAAAUGUUCAUAUUCGAUGGUUUAAACAGCAUAUUUCCCGCGCUCCUAAUCAAGCUACAAUAACGAGAAUUUGCCACAAGAUGUAUCACAUAUAAUGCGAGGGCAAGGUAUCGAAUCUGAAUAACCCGAUUUUUCACAUUCGAUAGUUGGAAAUGGUAGGGACGAUAUUGUUUCAAAGUCUUCUUCUUCUUCUUCUUUUUCUUCUUCUUCUUCUUCUUCUUCUUCUUCUUCUUCUUCUUCUUCUUCUUCUUCUUCUUCUUCUUCUUCUUCUUCUUCUUCUUCUUCUUCUUCUUCUUCUUCUUCUUCUUCUUCUUCUUCUUCUUCUUCUUCUUCUUCUUCUUCUUCUUCUUCUUCUUCUUCUUCUUCUUAUAUUAGGUCUCUUGACCUGCUCGUAACCGAUUUUGAGCUUGUAUUUGUAGCUGUAAUGUUGACUGCCAGCGAUCUCACCACUUUUUAAAAGGCCUUUCCUUGCCUAUUGGCUUUGAAUCUCUGGCUAUACGGGCUAUUCUCUCGCUGUCCAUUCUCGUCACCUGCUGAUUCCUCUCUCGUCUUCUCUGUCUUCCCCACAGUACUAUGUCUUGUAUGUUUCAAAGUGAAUGUUUCAAAACCUCUUAUCACACAAAACCAAAAAAAACCAGAGCUUAACAAUCAGGCAUGGACAGAAAAAUUGGAUUAUUAUCAUAAUAAUAAGACUGUAUGUAUUCACAAAAUUAUACCAAAACAUAAGUUGUUUUAUGUAACUGUAUAAAGUUCUUGUUUAUUCUUAAGUUUUCUUAAAAAUGUAAAUAAAUUCGUUUAUUUUUAA